CUUAUUACUGGGCUGUAGCAGAGAGAAUAUAAGAGGGCUGAGAGGAGGGGGGUUGAUAAAACUACGGUCUCUCUCUCUGCGCUCAGAGCGCUAUUUUCUGCCAGGCUUUGAAGCGGACUGAGAGAGAGGAGAGGGAGAAGCAGGCUUCAUUCAUUAUAGCGCCGUUAUACAAGUUUACCAUCCCUAAAGCGUGGACCGGACAGACGAAAAGUUUUUAUCCAGGAUCUGAAGAGGCGACUUCAGUGGAAAAGUCAAACGUUUCUAUAGUAGGCUAAUAUUUGUUUCGGACGAGGCAUCGCAUCGUUGCAGCACUGAUACGUUUGCAGAACCUCUUCUUAGUUGGGAAGUUAGUUUCACAUAGUUGGCUACUCAGUGACAUUCGCUUCUUUUCGUGUGGAAGCCCUGGCGGACUAAAUAACGUGAUUUAGUUUGUGUUUAGCACACUUGUGGGAUUUUAACUGGAGACGGAAUUCUUACAUGCAACAGUAUUUUGUAUGAGAAAGCCAUGGCACAACAGAGCAGAAACGGAGGAACUUCAUUAAACAACAACAACGGCAUCGAUAACACCAAGAGGAAACUGUUGAUAGGACUGGACCUCUUCUGCCUGCUCCUAGUCAUGCUGCCAAGCCUGGUUCUCCACCGGUCCUCAGUGCGUCCAUACCAGCGUGGAUUCUACUGCAGCGACGUCAGUCUGCGUUACUCCUACAAGAACUCCACCAUCCCCUCAUCCGUCCUCACUGCUGUGGGGCUCAUUGUGCCCAUUGUGGCCAUUGUUAUAGGAGAGUGUUACAGGAUUCACCAUCGCAGGGAGGGAUCUAAGUCUUUCAUUGGGAACCCUUAUGUCUCAUCUCUCUACAAACAGGUUGGAGUGUUUAUAUUUGGCUGUGCCAUCAGCCAGUCGUUCACAGACAUUGCCAAGGUGUCAGUGGGCAGGAUGAGACCCCAUUUCCUGGACGUGUGUAAUCCUGACUGGUCAGCCAUCAACUGUUCCCUUGGAUACAUCACCUCCUACACCUGUACGGGCCAUAAGAGCAAAGUACAGGAGGCCAGGAAAUCCUUCUUCUCAGGACAUGCCUCCUUCUCUAUGUUUACUAUGCUCUACCUGACUUUCUAUCUCCAGUCCAGGUUCACGUGGAGAGGUGCCCGGUUGCUCCGCCCCCUCGUCCAGUUCACUCUGCUGAUGAUGGCAUUCUACACCGGCCUAUCACGUGUCUCCGACCACAAGCACCACCCCACAGACGUACUGGCCGGCUUUGUACAGGGCGCCCUGGUGGCCUACUGCAUAGUGUUCUAUGUAUCUGACCUGUUCAAGCCGAGGGUGAAGCCUGCCUCACCCCCUCCCUCCCCCAUCAAGAAGGAGCUCCUCCCCCCCGCUGACAUCACCGAGCGGAACAAUCACCACAACAUGGUGUGAGACAGGCCCCGCCCCUUCCCAUGACCGAGGAGCCUAUCACAGCGCUGUUCGCCUCCCAUUGGACAUUAGAAUGUAGCGACCAGAGAGACUAUCGCCGUGUCUCAUAUCACACUCUGUUCCUUAUGUAGUAGUGCACUACUUAUCACGCGUUGUGGUCCAAAGUAGUGCACUACUUAGGAAAUAGCCUGUUAUUUGAGACCUGCCCUUCAAAGACCACUCUCACUAUCCAGAUUCUUUAACUACUAUUGUUAUUACUACUAUUCUGAUUUGAGCCCAAGUUAGAGCAAAAAGAAGAUUCAAAAGCUAAAAGACAAGAAGUUACAGACAGCAGUGCAGAGCCACUGAAACAGAACACUUUGUAACUACACAAAGGGAAAAAAGUGUAAAAAUAAAUAAAUGAAUGAGUGAAUGAAUGAAUGAAGCAAGGAAAGAAAGACAGUCUCUGUCUGAGGCCUUGACAUAGGAUAACAACUUCCUUAGUGAUAGGAACGAUAUUACUGCAAAAUUACUAGCAAACGACACAUACAGUAUAUGAGUAACAAUAUAGAGCAGAAUAACUUACAGCACUAUAAUCCAGUUGACUGUCAAUUAUCACCACUCGCCACCAGAUGAAGCAGCUAUUAGAACACUUGUUGAUGAUCAUGUAGAGCAGGGGCGUCAAACUCUUUCCAUGGAGGGCCUAGUGUCUGCUGGUUUUUGGUCUUUCCUUUCGAUUAAGACCUAGACAACCAGGUGCGCGGAGUUUCUUACUAAUUAGUGACUUUAAUUCAUCAAUCAAGUACAAGGGAGGAGCGGAAACCCGCAGACACUCUGCCCUCGGUUGAAUGAGUGUGACACGUGACGUAGAGGGUUAAAGUAAACCUGUAACUAGUUAACUUGUCCAAUGCCAGCUACUGACUACUACUAGAGAAGGAAGAGACCUGGAGAGGAACCAGACCCAUACUACUCUAGCUCCUCCCACCAAGUAGAAAUUUGGACUAGUCUAGUUCUCAGUUCGGCAAGGCUCUUCUAGCUGCCUCUCUGGGUAACCUAACCUGGGAUGAUGCUUUCUGAAAGAGGGGGGUAGGAUAAAGCAGGGGUUCUUGAAAGAGGGAUGCUAAAAGAGUAGGGAUAUUGAUUGGUAUUAGUUUGGGGGAUUCGGGGGAGGAAGAGAAGGAGGGGGAGAUAAAUAACUCUCAGCCACCUGUCACCCUGUCUGGGGGCGUGGCUGUGCCAUGCUGCCGCUUGAUUGGCUGCAUAUGUGGGGGUGUGGUCUGUCACCAUGGACACAGGGUUGAUAGACAGCUAAGCUGGGACAUUAUGGGAUAGGGGCUCUUUCCGCUGGCAGGGAGGGGCUCUGGCCCACCCAAUCACUCGUUAGCGGUAUGUAUGUAUGCAUGUGUCCUAUGUGUCACUGUGUUGGUGCGUGCCAGUGUGUCUGCUUUUGUGUAUGUGUGAUGUGUAUAGGUUUGCGUGUCUUGUGUAUUUGUGUGAUUGUGUGUGUGUGUGUGUGUGUGUGUGUGUGUGUGUGUGUGUGUGUCUUUGAUGAACCAUCCGGGUAGUGUGUGUAGAAUGAACCCUCCUCACACACACCAUUGUCUGUGCCAAGAAUGUGUGCCACUAUGUGUGUGUGUGUGUGUGUGUGUGUGUGUGUGUGUGUGUGUGUGUGUGUGUGUGUGUGUGUGUGUGUGUGUGUGUGUGCGUGCGUGCGUGCGUGCGUGCGUGCGUGCGUGCGUGUGUGUCAGAGAGGGCCAGAGGUGGAGGACUGAGACCCUGUCCAGAGAACGUUAGAAAACUGUGGAUUUAAUAUUUUUAUUUUCUGCUACGAUGCAUCUUUAACAUGUCCAGUCAUGCCAUUAACUAACUGCUCCCCAUCAGUCAUUUUAUUUUCCAGUUCAGCUUACUCAGGGCAAAUCUCAAAUGGCAUGCUAUUCCCUAUAGAAUGCACUUCUGGCUAAAAUAAGUGCACUAGAUAGGGAAUAGGGUGCCAUUUUGGAUAGAGCCUAAGACAUCUUCUCAACAUCACCACUUCAAAACGUUGCACAUCUUUCGAAUCACGUUUAGUCCGUCCUAUCAUUUUGGCAAACCCUUUCCUUUUCAUUUUAUAAAUGUAUAAAUAAUGUAUAGUUCACAAAAAUUAACUGUGUAAGAUAUUAUUUCUUAUGUUUAACUAUUGUCCACUAUGAAACCGCAACCUCUGUUCUCUACCAAGUGCUGCUUAAAAAGCACUGAUUUACAGAUUUUUUUAUUUAGUUAACUCAAAUAUUGUAGAUUUGUGGUAGUAAGUUUUUAAUACGCAUUGAAAACAAACCUACAAUUGUAUUAAAAUUCACUAUUAGUAUUUUCGUAUUGUCUCAUUUUGUACAAAAUAAAUAUUAGCAAAGUUUUUGUUUCUGCUUAAUGUACUUAGCUCUACUACAUGUGGUUUUAAAUAAAAAGCCCGUUAUAAACACAA